UAUGGCGCCAAUUCUGCCUCAAAAGCGGCAGGUGCGCUCGGCCAAUGGAAGGUUUUUUUCUUCUGAUAAUCCACGUCCGUUAAAAAUGAGUCCGAGCAGCACAUCGCUGGAACGAGAUCUUUCCUCUUCUCUAAACAUGCUGUGGCCGUGGAAGUGGCUACCAAGCGCAGCGGACGCGACGCGGCAAAGGUGGGCCAAGGUCACAGCUACUGCUUUGAACGGGACGAGCAAGCCGACCGUGUUCACCGCGGUUUCUCUGCUUGUCGUCCUCUUUCUCUUCUCGCUCCCCUUCAUCCUCCGAGUGUCAAAGGGGACCUUGAGCCGCGAAAACCCCGACGGGCUCUUCGUCUUUUUCGGUUUCGAACUGUACGAUCGGCCGGACGCGUUCUAUUCUCACUACACUUCGGAGAAAACUUACCUGCUGGAGGAGCAGCGGGAUGCGUACGAGCAAUCGUUCCAGAACGAAACCUACCAGGGUGCUCUACGACGUGAUGGUGUGGAGUUUAACGAGUGCAAGACUGUGGCGGGGAGUGCGAGUGCCUCAGCCGCAAGCUCUACUUCACACAGAAGUAGCACACCAACGGUAAAGACCGCCCGCGCGCUGCGGAAGCGGUCGUCUAUCAAGCUGGCGUACCGCACCACCGUCGCCACAUCCUCCGCACAGGCGACAACAUCAAGUUCUGCGUCGUCUGGUGCCAGCAGUUCGGCGUCGAGUGCAACAGUUCAAAACGAACCUGCGUCGCUUUGUAGCGACGCUGCGCUAGAGGAGAUCUGGCGGUUCGACGACUGGCUGCGGAAUUGGCGGUCGUCGAAGAAUUUUCAGUGGAACCCGGAUUUCUGUCCGACAGCAACAGAUGCGAAAUUUAAGCGCGAAUCUUGCCUCGCCGACUACAAACAAACCUGUGGCGCGUACAAACCGGGAACGGAUAAAACGGUGGCGCACGAAGUCUGCAAAAGCGGCUUCACGACGCACCAGUGUCACUGCAAAGCGGCGACGAGCACAGCAGCAAACACUUGCAGGUCUGUCGAUACGAUCUUGUCAGCGGAUGUAGGUUCUUCAAGUACGUCGAUUGGCGCAACGUCGCAGAGCACGACUACAGGCACUGCUUCCCGCACUGAUACCAAAGACCUCGAGAUGCUCCGGAACGCGUUCCUCCCAAGCCGGCAAUACUGCGAAAUCGACCCGACCGCCAUCGCGAAUCUGGAGUGCACGGAUCGCGUCAGGGAUCCGCGGGACGGGAAACUCUAUUCAUCCCUUCCCUGUAGCCCGGCCGUUGGAGCGAAGCAAGGGGAGCCGGUGGACCAAGUCGGACCAGGGUACUGGUGCGGUAAAAGGGCGUUCAUUUCGCCGGUCGCGUUCCACAAGCGGCCCUUGAUCGAAUUAGACGCAACGUCGGACUACUGGAGCACCUACAGGUCCGUGAUCGACAGCGCAGCGUACUCGCAAGUGCUAGAUCGGGGGUUGCCAUCCUCGAGCCCGCCUGCCAUGGUGCAGUACGCGGAAGCGAAGGUGUUUGUUUCGCAGCUCGUGCCCGACAUCAUGCUGAAGGCGGACCGAGUGGACGAAAGGCCAAGUUGCUUCAAGGACAAAGCGUGUCUCAAACACGCGAACCAGUGUCCAACUGCAGCGCUGGUUUUGCGGAAAUUUCCGAACGCAACUGGGGAAAUUACUGUGAAUGGCUUCGGGGCUGCCGCUGCAAAGUGUCCUGCUAGUGCUACUGCGGCGACGUCGAGCAGGCGGCAAUUAUCAUCUUCCGACAGUUGCACCAUCGCGGCUUCAGGCAGCGCGGUCUCUGUGGCGGAUCUGGGCGUGCACGGGAUCAGUUCCUGCGCAAACGUCACGGUGGAACAUUGUCUACGCAACACGGGAACCAGUUGUGAUUUUGUCUCAAGUUCCUGCAGGAAGCACUGCGACGAUCUGCUCGCGCAAACCUGUUCUGCUGCGCCGGAUUCCUUCUGCGGCCAAUUUUCGAACGAAGCUGACCCGGGAAGCCAGGACAAAACACUUUGUGAAUCGCUGACAAACCAGCAAUCCUGUUCGGCCAGCGGCUGCCAGUGGGUCUCAACGCAGAUGCUGACGGAGAUCGGCCGUGCAGGGACGGAGCAAGCAAAGUGCGUUGCCUGUAAGAAUCACAACAACUACUUUCAGAUCGUCGCUAGCCUCUUACCGGCACCUGCCUCGUCCUGCGCCGCGCACGCCGACCCCUGUGCGUGCGUUGCGUCUCUCCCAGGUGUGGAUUUCUGUGGCAUGCCUUACGCUGCGGUGGACUUCUGUCCGCAACUCUGCGCUGCUCGUCCAAACUCCUGUGCCAACGUCGCUGCUUCUGGGUUCGUCGAGGUGGCGAAGGAGCAGGAGCUCGCUGGGAAUCAGCACAAGAAGACCUGCGAUCUGUACCACGCGAGCGAAACGAAUUGUAAGAAAGCGGGCUGUUCGUGGCAGUCGACCUGGGACCGCGGGAAUCUAGACGCCGGCGGACACGAUUUCGCUGCUUCCGGUGCCACGAAGCGGUGCUUUCCCUGCGAAAACUUGCAGAAAGAACCUUAUCUAAAAGACUUCGCAGGCCUCGCUGUCACUCCCUGCGCAACGAGUCCCGACCCGUGUGCGUGUCUCGCGCCGCUCGCGAGUAGCGUGUGCGCCAUGACGCAAGUACAGUCCUGGUGGAUGUGUCCACAUUUGUGUCCGCAACACGCGACGUCGUGUGCGAACGUGCAAAGUACGGGUUUUGAAGAGCUACCGAGGCCGGAACUUGCGGUCCCCGGAUCGCAAUCGCCCGUCCACUGCGGCAACGUCCUGUCUGCCACCACGUCCGCCGCGGCUGCCGCUCUCGCCGGGCCACUGACCGACAUGACCAUGAUUCAGAACGCGAUCGGACUUUGCCUGCUCAAUGGGUGCACCUACGUCGCUGCGCCGGAAAUUGGGCAGUUCACAGCCCUCGGUCUGGACAACACCCGUGGUGGGCAUUUGACUGGGAAGUGCAGCACCUGUAUGGACCGCGGCGACCUCGCGCAGAUAGCGGCGAAAGGCAUGGGCUUCGACUGCGCUGCGAGCGCCUGCUGUGCAAUGCUGCAGCAAAACGGCGGCUGCACGAGCAGCACCACCGGGCCACGACUCUGCCCGGUAACCUGCGCUGCAAGUCCGUUGAGUUGCGCGAACCAAGCAGCGACAACGGCGUAUGUUGAACCGAAUUUCAGUACAACGUCAUUGCUACAGCGGUCGCUGCAGACGCACGAAGCGGGAUCCUCUUCAAAGCGAGAGCCAGCAGCGAGUCGCAUCUCUUUGCAACUCGCCCGUACACGGUUACUCGGACCGCGACGGGCCGAGAAUGCAGGUUCGGUUUUUGAAGCACGAGAAAAAAAUCUCGUCCGCAAGACAUCUACAACCACGAGCACCUCCAACGUUUGCGACUGCUGUACGCUAAACAUGCAGAACCCGACGAACCAGGCCGACACUCUUGGCCGCAAAACGCACAUCAUGGCCGCGAAAAAGGCGUACGCCGUGAAGAACUGCAGCUUCUGGCUCGGGUGGAUGCAGCUACGGUCUAAAUGCGAGGCCAAUUCCGUGGACUUUCAAAAGAUCACGAACAACACGAUAACUUUGAAGGAAAAGGACGAAGCGGAAUGGCUGGAGGAGUUGAGCGACUUGUAUGAAAAGGAGGAAACCCGGGACCAGCAUUUCCGCCUGCAAAUUCAAAACGGGAAGUACGACGUGGAAGUUUUGAUGACGAACACUGACUUGCAGAAACGGGAUUUGCAAACCGCGUUACUUGGCGAUCUAGCCUCGUGGCGGAUCGCCGUGGAAAUCUGCAUCGUGUGGCUGUUGACGAGUGUGCUCCUCUGGGUCUACGCCAACCCGAACGGCGCCGCUUCGUGCUGGGCGGCGUGUGAGAAUGGUGAAGCAGGCCACCAGCAAGAGCAAUCGCAAAGAGCGCCACUCGGACCGACGCUCGUUGGCCCGGUUUUAGUUCCGUUUUUCGCGUACGUAACCUCUGCAGGUGUGUUUCUCGCGAUGUUGGGUGUUUCCGCGAUCCCGAUGUUCGAGUUCGACGAUUUGUCCCCUAUCGGAAUACUCGACGGGGACGUCGACGGGGAGGCGGAGACGAUGUUGCCCUUGACUUUUCUGACGUUGAUGCUGGUCCGCCUCGUGCUCGUUGUGAACCUACUCUGGAGCGGGCAGAUCUACCUCGCAGCGGUUAACGAAAGCAGAAGGACGAUCGAAGUGAAGAAAGGCACCAUUGUGAAGGUGCCGAGUAACAGCAAAAUGCUCGUUGAUGCUGUUCCGAAGCCGUCUUUGUUGCGGUACGCGAGGACUUUUCUUGCGUUCGUUUCUUGCUCUAUCGGAGUCAGCCUGCACACCGAAUUGCCACUGAUCCUGCGUUUUGCCGCGUUGCAAACUGUGUUCCUGAUCUUGUUCCAGACAACGCUUGCCGCUGCUUUUCUUCACAUCACCGCCAAUCUGCUUGCGCGGUAUCUCGCGAGCUGCAGUUCAGGGUCAUCUGAGAAUUCGAAUAGAGGAGGCAAACAAAGUACUGCUGCAGACGAACUCGAGGACCAGUACGACUUGCCGACAUUUGGUUCAAUCGAAGAACAGCAACAAGGGACGAACCAGCAGCACCAGCCACAGCGAGCUGACUUGCUGGAAAGUCGACCGGGCGGAACGCCGGCCGUGAAGAAGGGCGUUAACAAAACAACUGCUGCGAUCAGUAGCCGCUCUGCUUGCUCGCCGAAGCAGGCUUGGGGUGCAGGAGAGGUUUCCAAUGGUAGAAACCCGGCUCCUUCCUCGUCUUCCGUUGAUGUCGAGUACAACACGAAGCUGAUGAACGUGAAGAGUUCGUUGUCCAUGUUCCCGAACGCGCUGCUCGACGACGACAACGAAUCGACGAUCGGGACUUCGAGCACGAAGAAACUCGGGUUCACCUGCGCGAUCGUCGCGAGGAUCGUGCUCCUCUCCGUCUUCCUCCCCUUCGCGGCCGACUGCCCCGCGGAAAUGUUGCGGCUAGACCUGGUGGACGGCACCACUCGCCGGUUUUUGCGGGCCGCGUCCGAGGGAUUGGCGGUUGACGUAGGUCGUGGUACAAGUACUAGUGCUCAGCGCGUCAGUGGUAUUCCGUCGAAGCUGACGCUGUACCUUCCCCCUUCCUCCAUCGGUGCGUACCACAAGCAAGCCAAUCGCGAGUAUUUUAUGAACUUCGUGAGGGAGAAGCUGCUGAAACACGAGAAGGUCUCCCGGUGGUUCUCUCAAACGCAAAUCCACUCGUGGCUGUUUGAUUUCGAGGCAAUGCAGCGAGGAAGGGACUUCAGUCCCAAUGACUGGUCCAGCGCGGCGCAGGCGUACCCCAUUUCGACCUGUCCGCUGAUUCUGGAAAAGACGAAUGAGUUUCAGGAAGUGUUGAUCACGUCAGGGUCCAACGCCGGGAAGUUGGCGGCGUUGCGGACACGGCUGCAGUCAGUUUUGGUGCUAGAAAAUUUGGGGAAGGUUUCCAGCAAUAGGGGAGCAUUAACUUCAUCGUCUUCUGCCGCUAACACCAACGCCACAACUUCCUCCUCCCAGUUGAUUGGGUUGAAGAUGGAAAUUCCGACUUCAGAAGAGCAAGCGGUUUUCGGCGCCGCAGUCAACACGGCUUCUCCCCCAGCGGAAGACCCGGCUAACCCUUUCCGGAGCGCGUACUGCAAAAACAAGGUAGCAAAACAGUUGUCUUCCUGGAAUCUGUUCGAAGUUGUUCUUAAACGGAAGACGGCUAAUCCGCUUUUACCGACGGAAAAAGUUCUCUUUUCCCAACUACCAAAAUCACAAUCCGAAGAAUUUCGCGAUAAAACCACCGUCGAUGAGUUCCUCCAAGCAGUCGCGCAAACUUGGCCAGAAACCGAAUUCGACGUUUCCUUCCGGUUUUUGGAAAAAACCACCCCUAGAAUCAAAGGCGGUAGCUUGCUGUCGCAAACGCUGCGGGAUAACUUUUUGAAGCAGCAGAGACAAACUUGCGAGUUGCAACCCAAUCUCUACCAGGAACGCGUCGAGUAUUUUGACACCAGUGACCCGUUUUUCUUCUAUGACUACCUUCACACGGUGUUUGAGGAGUUUAAAGGCGGCGUUUGCGCGGACAACUCUGAAACGAUUCCGGAUUCGUUAAUAGAUCGCCGCGUCGACAACGAGCCGGUCGGGAAGCUACGGCUGCUUAGUGAACGGCGGGAGGAAGUGUUCUACGAUGUGCUUGGCAGUGAGGGUGCUACUGCCACUACUCAAGGUAGUACCAACGGUACUUCAGCGUCAGUAGUAACAGCUGAUUCCGCGUCCGCAUCUCCGAUCAUCCGGGGCGUGACACAAAUCCCGGUGCACCUCUACCUCCGCGUCGACAUGCUAAACCCGCAGAACCGAGUCGAGUUGAAAAACGACAUCGAGUGGAUUCUCGAAGCAGAACGACGUGCUUACCCGAAUCACUGGGGACGGAGCAGUCAGGAUUCGUUUUUCCACGCUGAUUUCCUUAUCGACGCAGAAAGGGAUCUCGGGCUGAAACACUCCGCCGACGACGCAUUUCUCGUCGCUUCCCUGGUGCUCGGAAUCACGCUUUUUUUCUUCCUCCACCCGGCUUUCGGGGCGAUUCUCGGCUGCGUCAUCGCCAUGUCCAUGGCAGAACUUGUCGGGUUGAUGGAGUUGUUGGACUUGCAGAUCAACAUGGUCACUCUCGCAGCGCUGUUUUUAAGUUUUGGAAUUCAGUUGAUCUACUGUUUGCCCAUUGCGGAAAGUUUCGUGAAUGAAGAAGCUGGCUGUGGCGGAGAAACAACGUCCAACCGGAAUGGUGGUGAUAAUGACGCCCGAAGCCCGGCGAAGAAAGAGAACACGACGGCGUCACUGCCGCUGUUUUCUGUAAAACGCCUUCCGUUGGACUGCAGAUUGUGUUUUCAGUUUGGGAAUGCCGCGUCGUUUCCGGUGGCGAUUCUGGUAGUCACCGUUUUAUCUUUUCUCAUCUUCCUCGGCGUGGCGAACAGCGAGGUGAUCCGGGGGUUCUACCUGGUUCUGACAUGCAACGCGGUUUUGACAGCGUUGAACGCGUUUGUCUUCCUACCGACGUGCUUUAUGCUCGCAAAGGCGGGUAUGGACAAGGCUUUGAGCAGCAGUACGGGGAGUAAAGUGAAACCGGUUAUGUCGGGCGUGGUCCCGGGCGAAGCGUAAAGCACAAUUGUUUUUAAUAUGAAGUUGAGAUUCAUUUUCAUACAACUAUCACCCGAGCCUGUGGAUUACAAUUACAGACAGAUUUCCAAGAAGAACGACGUCUAAAUGCAUUAUCACCAAGAAACAAAGUAAAAGUAUCCGUUGAAGCCACCUGCAAAAACUCGGCUAGAACUACCGCAAGAGCUGAGCGAUUCUUUCGUUAAAUUUUGCUUAUUGUGAUUUAAGAAACCAGCUCGUCCAAAGUUUGAUCUUCUCAGGAAAGCUUCCAUAUCCAUCGCGUUUUGACAUGACGUAUCGCGUUUCUGUCCUGCAACUGGGCAAUAGUUUCAUGUUUUCCACACAUCAAUUCAACAGUUCUGCCGUUGCGCCAACGCGCUACAAACAUGGAUAAAUUUCUACGUUGCAUAGAAGACGUACUUACCACAUCUAAUUUGGUUUCACGAUGUCUACCAACCGUCGAUAGACAUCAGCAUCGAGCACAGAGAUGCAUCAACGUAACUGUACAGGGUGAAUGCAAAAAAUUGGAUAAAACUGCGUACACUACAUACUGUUUUUCGUCGAGAAAGAAACUAGAGCUUG